AUGUCUGACGCAGACUACGCGGCGUUCCUGGACAAGGCGAACCAGGACCCCAACGAGGGGCACGCCACCACGACCAGCAAGAGCAAGGAGUUCAAGACGCAAGACAAGGGCGUCGAGGUGCCCAAGGCCAUUCAGGACGUGUUGAAACAGGACAAGGUGUACAUCUCGGACGCGGACGAGCCGUUUGUCGGCGUCGCGCUGCAGUGGGACGAGGCUGGCAAAGGUCUGCCGGACGAAGUCGAAUUCGCGCAACUUAUUGAUCACCCUGACGCCGAGAACGCGGACGUGGAGCUCCUCGACCCCGUGGACUGGGACUCAAACGGCGAUUACAAGGACGUCAUCGAGGCGGUUCGCAAGGCGGGCAAGGGCAACGACGUUAGAGUUUACAAGGUGCCAAAGGGCGGUGUCCGGACGGAGUACUGGCUCGUCACGACGGACGGGAAGGGCAAGGAGGCGAAGUUGGUGGGCGUCAAGGCACUGUCUGUCGAGAGCUGA